AUGAAAACAAUUCCCUUUCUUGCGACUGUCCUUGCGACUUUAUGUAUAGUAAAUGCUCAAGCUCCCACCACACCGUCACCCCCAGCUGCUGUUCCGAGUACAACUGUAACUUUCAAUGGACAAACUUUAACAUUUCCACCCAUGGAUAAAUUACCGGAUGUUAAAGAUCCUCAAGUUGUAGAAUGGGUAAAAAGUUUGGAUUUGUCUAAAGUUCCAAAACUUCCGGCUUCAAAUGGUGGCGUCCCCAACCCUUUUUCAGCUAAUUGUAACCCCCCAACUGUAAUUGAACCAGAUCAAGGUUCUUGGACUUGUCAAAAAUUCACCGCGGACGAUGAUAUUCAAGAAUGCCCAAAGACUGGUACAUGGGGAUUGACAUACGAUGACGGUCCAUCAGCUUCAACACCCAAAUUAUUAAGUAAAUUAAGUGAUUUAAAACUUAAAGCUACACUAUUCGUUAUAGGAAGUCGGGUUUCGCAAAACCCUCAAAUUCUCAAAGAUGCUUAUGAUGCUGGACAUAAUAUCGGUGUGCACACGUGGUCUCAUCCAGCACUAACCUCCCUUUCAGAUGAAGCCAUCAUUGCCGAAUUGUUAUGGACAAAGAAGAUUAUUAAAGACAUUAUCGGUGUCACUCCAUUAUAUAUGCGCCCUCCGUAUGGUGAUACUGAUAAUCGUGUUCGUGCUAUUACUCGUGCUUGCGGUUUGAAAACUGUCCUUUGGGUACCUGAAUUCGAUAGCAAUGACUGGGCUCUCGCAGCCACUCCUCCUAAACCGAUCAGCACCGUCAUAGAUACCUUUGAAACAUGGAUGCAAAAAUUCCCUACAAUGAGCACUGGGUUUAUCGUUCUCGAACAUGAUCUUUUCCCACAAACUGUUGAUGCCGCACUUAUCGUGCUUGAUAGAGCUGUUAAGGUUCCAAAUUUGACUAUUAUGACUGUACCUCAAUGUGUCGGUGAUAACGCUCCUUACCUGGAAUUGGCGGGCAAUGGUAGUACAAUAAAUAAAUCUUCAAGUAAUAAAACUAAAUCUUCUCCUGUUAAAGUAGCUAAUGAUUCCAGUGAUUCUAAUAACUGA